AACCCUGGAUAUAUAACGCUCGCGCAGCUUCCUUCCAAAACCCCUCUGCAAACCAUAGAAACCAGCGUCUCACAGUCAGAGAUGGCCGACGAAUCAGCGAAUCCAAACCCCACCGUCAAAGACUCUCACCAGAUCCAAUGCUUAUCGUUGGAUUCUCGAGAUGAAGGCGAAUCCUAUUCUUCAAGCGAUGCGAGACCUGUGGCCGAGUUGACAUUGGAAGAGAAAUUCAAGAUCAUAAGGAGCAUCGGAGAAGAAUGCAUACAAGAAGAUGAGUUGCUGAAUCUUCUUGCAAUGAAGAAGGAUCCGAUAUGCUACGACGGGUUCGAACCCUCUGGUAGAAUGCAUAUUGCCCAGGGUGUUAUGAAGGCAAUAAACGUGAACAAGCUGACAUCUGCAGGAUGCAAAGUGAAGAUCUGGAUUGCAGAUUGGUUUGCCCAGCUGAACAAUAAAAUGGGCGGUGACUUGAAAAAAAUCCAAAUCGUCGGCCGUUAUCUGAUUGAGAUUUGGAAAGCUGUGGGAAUGGACCUUGAUAGAGUAGAGUUUUUGUGGUCCUCAGAAGAAAUUAACAAGAAUGCCAUUGUGUACUGGCCUCUCGUAAUGGAUAUAGCUCGAAGGAACAAGCUUCCAAGGAUCCUAAGGUGCUGUCAAAUCAUGGGUCGGAGUGAGCAGGAUGAAUUGACGGCAGCACAGAUUUUCUACCCAUGCAUGCAAUGUGCUGACAUAUUUUUUCUGAAGGCUGACAUCUGCCAGUUGGGCAUGGAUCAGCGUAAAGUGAAUGUACUGGCAAGAGAGUACUGUGACGACAUCAAAAGGAAGAGGAAGCCUAUUAUCUUGUCACAUCACAUGUUGCCUGGUCUACAGCAAGGUCAAGAGAAGAUGUCAAAAAGUGACCCAUCAUCUUCAAUCUUCAUGGAGGAUGAUGAGGCUGAAGUGAAUGUGAAGAUAAAGAAGGCAUACUGCCCUCCAAAGUUUGUGGAAGGAAACCCAUGUUUGGAAUACAUCAAGUACAUCGUUUUCCCAUGGUUUGGAAAGUUUGAGGUAGUACGCGAUGAGAAGAAUGGUGGGAACAAGACAUUCACCAGCAUUGAGGAACUGAUAGGUGACUAUGAAAGGGAGGAAUUACAUCCUGCAGAUGUCAAGCCUGCACUUUCAAAGGCAUUAAAUAAGAUUUUGCAGCCAGUACGGGAACACUUCAAAAACAACACUGAAGCCAAUAAUCUAUUGAGAACUGUAAAGGCUUACAAGAUUACCAAGUGAUUUAGAAGAGGCUGAUUACAGGUUGCUCUCCUCAGAAGGCAGUUAUAAUAGAUUGUUGGUGGAUUAUUUCAUAACUAACAGAAACAAAUCUCAUAUUUUCAAUCAGCUAUCAUUUUCUGAAUAUUUGAUGGGUUAUGCAUUUGAACACCCUAUUUAUUUGACCAUUGAUUUUGCUUGCAAUAGUCCAUAUAUUGUUUCUUCA